AUGGCUGAUCAGCAGGAUGAUGACACUGAGGUGGAGGAGGAGACUAGUGCUCGUGACAUAUGGAGGUCAUACAAGCGGCCAAAUUAUGAGACUAGAGGUGUGCUCAAGACCUAUAAUCAUGGGAGGAUGUGUCAUCCUGUAGUCCAUCAUGCUCGGUACAUAAGGGGUGCGGUGCAUAAUGCAGGUUUGCGGUGGGUGAUGAAAUGCACAAGCCCGAGUGUUGACCAGAGCAUUAUUUCUGCUUUUGUUGAGCGAUGGCAUCCUGAGACGUCAUCUUUCCACUUACCCUGGGGGGAAAUGACGAUCACACUUGAAGAUGUCUCAGCAUUACUCCACUUGCCCGUAGAGGGUGAGUUCUUCUCCUUUGGUAACCAUACUAGGGAAGAGGCGGCUCCUGCGGUUGCUCAGUUACUUGAUGUGGACAUUGAGCGUGUGAUGGAGGAGUUUGAUGCUUGUAGGGGUCCAUCUCUUCGCUUUAGCUUUCUCCAAGCCAUUGUGGAGAAACACGUAGAGGCCAACAAUGAAGUUCCUGCAUGCCGAGCUUAUAUGCUGCGGUUGUAA